AAUCUUUUUCCUCCUCCUAUUAAUUGAAAUAAGAAAAGUUCAAUUGCUUUUUAGUCUUUUAAGCUGAGUCCAAUUUAUUAUCUAGUCAGAUUUGCAUUCAUCUGUUUUAGUUUAUUAAUCAGUAGCACCUAAUUCAAACCAUCUUCCUAGCUUUAUCUGUAGUAGCAAUAGCAUCCCCACCAUUAUUAACACUAUCAUCCAGCUGAAUGAUUGAUAUUCCCUUUAUCUUCUCGCGUGCAAUGGCUUUCUUAUGCUAUAUCUUUCUCAUAUUUUGCUUGUUUGAUAUUCUGGCCUCAAUUGGGCCAUAUCCAGUUGCAAUUUGUUCAGCUAGUGAUGUUCCAAUUAAUGUGACCAAGCACUUUUACUUUCCCGAUUUCAGCUUAAGAAAUAACCCCAGACUUGUCCAUGAUGUGAAGCUGCUAGGGAGUUCCAAGUUCUCAAAUGAAAAGGGUGCUCUUCAAAUCCCAAAUGAAUCACAAGAUACAGAUAUAAGACAUCAAGCAGGUCGAGGUAUCUAUUCCUUCCCAAUUCGCCUGUUAGAUCCAAGUACAAAGACCCCAGCUUCCUUUGAAACAACCUUUUCUUUUCAGUUGAACAAUUCCACCAACUCUGAACAAGGUGCUUAUGGUGGUAGUGGCCUCACUUUCAUCAUUGUUCCUGAUGAGUUCACUGUGGGAAGGCCAGGGCCCUGGCUUGCCAUGCUCAAUGAUGCCUGUGAGGAUGAUUACAAGGCAGUGGCUGUAGAGUUUGACACGAGAAUGAACCCAGAAUUUGGAGAUCCAAAUGACAACCAUGUUGGCAUCAACUUAGGUACCAUAAUAUCCACUAAAAUUAUCAAUGUUUCUGAUGUUGGAGUGUCCCUUAAGGAUGGUUUUGUUCACCGUGCUUGGAUCAACUAUGAUGGUCCUCAAAGGAGAAUGGACAUUCGUCUUGGACUAGCCAACCAAGAAGUUUAUCCAUCCAACCCUAUCUUCUCGGAAUCUUUAGAUCUCUCUCCUUAUCUAAAUGAGUACAUGUUUGUGGGGUUCUCAGCCUCUACAGGUAACCAUACCCAAAUCCAUAACAUACUCUCUUGGAACUUCACUUCCACCAGCCAAGCUUUUCUUCGCUUCCCUUCAUCUGAAACCUGCCAGGGUAAGAUCUUACUUGAGAAUAGUACUGAAACAAUUACCAAGAAGUCUACUAAGGAUGAACCACCACGCAGUUUUUUGAUUUUUGUGGCUGUAGUGGCAUUGGCUCUGGCUGUUUUCCUUGGUUUUUACUUUAUCAGUAAGCAUAGAAGAAAUGCUGCCAAAUCAAAGACUUCAGUGGAGGCAGAGAUUCACAGGCCAAGGCCUCCCAACAAACCACGCCGCUUCACUUUUUCUGAACUUUCCUCUUCUACUCGAUCUUACAAUGAGAUAGAGUUGCUUGGUAGUGAUUCUAGAGGAGUAUACUACAGAGGAAAGCUUUCUAAUGGAAGCCAGGUAGCUGUGAAAAGGUUCUCAGCUCAGUUUCUAAACACACAUGGAUCAGAUAGGAGACGUUUGUUAAAGGAAAUUAAGACCAUUAGCCAGGUUCGCCACCCAAAUUUGCUUCCUGUGAGAGGCUGGUGUCAAGACAACCAUGAAAUCAUGGUGGUCUAUGAGUUUGUCCCCAAUGGUAGCCUAGAUAAAUGGCUAUUUGGGGCUGGUGUUCUUCCAUGGACUCGGCGAUUCAAAGUUAUUAAAGAUGUAGCUGAUGGCUUGAGCUUCCUCCACACUAAGCAACUAGCACACAAGAACUUGAAAUGCAGCAGUGUGUUUCUAGAUGUCAGUUUCAGAGCUGUGUUGGGUGAUUUUGGGUUUGUGCUUUUGGGGGCAGAAUCAAAACAGUUUGAGUCAGCAGUGUGUCAAGGUGCGGAUGUGUUUGAGUUUGGUGUCCUUGUGUUGGAAGUGAUAGCUGGAAGGAUAAGGGAUGAGAUAGAGCAGGAAAAACCAGAAGAGAGAAACUUAUUGGAUUUUGCUUGGAACUUGCACCAGAUUGAUGAGAAAGUGAAGCUGGUCGACAGAAGGAUGGGAUCGUUGAUCAACUUGGAGCAGGCAAUUCGUGUUGUGGAAAUUGGUUUGCUUUGCACUCUAAACGAGAACAAAGGGAGACCCUCUAUGGAGCAAGUGGUAGACCUUCUUCUUAACAUGGAGAAGCCCAUUCCUGAGCUGCCAAGAACUCGCCCUGUUGCCUUGUAUCCCUAUAAUAGCGCCAACUCUGGCCUUUGCAAUACAUACUCUUGUACUUUUUAGUGAAGCCAUGAAGUUACUGCUGAUUAACUGGGUGAUUUAUGAAUAAUUAGGCAGGGGUCAUUCUUAGGCUUGCAACCAUGGAUUGAUUUUCUAAAUGCAGCAAAUGUUUAAGAGUGUUGUGUGUUUGUGGAGAUGUUAGAUAAAUAAUGUGUGGUAAUUUUGUGCAUAUAAACUUGUGCAGAAGAUGGUGAACAUUGGUGCGAUUUAGCAUAUGU